AUUGUUUACUGGAGUCAUUUUAUUAGAGAGCGCUUUGCGAAUUAGUAGCACUUAAAUAGUACUAAAUUGUUUCAAAUUUCCGCAUUGGUGUACACAUUAACGACAAUGUACAAGUCAACUUUCCUGCUGGACAUUUUCCUCAUCGUUUGCCUAUGUCAAUCUUGCCUUUCUGCACCCUAUCAAGAUCUCGCCGGCUCUCGUAAUCACCUCAAACAGCCCGACAUGAAAAAAUUCACCAACCGUGAAACGAAAAAAGACAUCUUUAUAUCCCGCGGAUGGGGUGCUGGUGGCAUGCCUUUCAGCGUGUUAUACAUGAAUCCGACGUUUUCUUCGUCAAAAGCCCCCGCAACGGUGGAAACCAACUUCCGACCACAUCUAAGCUCAGCGUCCAAAAGCCAACGUAAAAGUUUGCCGCAAGUGAGGACUUCGAUGCGACAAAAAACUAUGAAUAGGUCACCGCAUUCUGUUAUUCCCCAACUCUUCGUUUCGUACGGAUGGGGGCCCUUAGGAAAAUAGUUCGCUUUUUGUGUUUUUUUGCGUUUUACCCGACUGAAAUACCCUGCGUGAUUUAACUUAUCUAGAUUUUAGUUGCAAAGUUAUUUAUUAUUUUUUAUAUGUGACCACUUCAAUGUGAAUACAAAUACCAAAGGUAAAUAAAAAAUGAAACCCA